UCAUUCAGACAGGCGGGCUGUUUCAGUAAACCUAGGUGGCUGUUGGAGCAGCAGGGAGCGAUGAUGUGCGGUCCAUGGGGCUCUGAAUGCGAGAGGUGCAUGCUGGAUAAUAAAAGAGAACACAACACAUCGGUGAGUGAGAGAUCUGAGAAAUUUGGAGGACAGACACGAGGGGGCGGCGGGACACUCCGCCUCAUUAUUUUUAUGGACGCUCACGUUCGGUGCGUAUGUUUGCGCUUUGUCAGCCUCGUAACUAGGGCUCGUAAAACGAGAGCGGGGUCGCCCCAUGAGGAGGGGAAGUUGGUGUUUUGAGCCUUGACAGCUGGUGUCAUCGGCAGACUCAGCUGGAGCAGCGCCACCAGAGCAGGACGCUCAACAGAGGGGCUCUGCAGACAGCAGUCGCGCCAGGCACCAUGAGGCAGCAAGCUUGGCCUGAGAGAGCAGAGAAAUCACCCUUCAUCACCCUCAACCAGGCUGGGCAGUGGAAGAAAUGCACACAGAGGCAGCUGAAGAAGCAGCAGCGCAUGUCACAGCAGACACAGGCGAAUACACACAUCUGAGAGUGCAUUGGCGAACAAAUGGGGAAGGCAGAAAGAGACUGAAAUAGGGGAAACAGUAACUCAGAUUGCGUCAUCCUAAAUGGCAAAGUGAACUGGGCCAUCCUCAGAAGCAGUGAUGUCCUUGUUAACGCAUUGUCCUUCGUUAGAACCUCCUUGUUAGAGAUCACAAGUCAGUCCCCCGCCCCUGUGAGGCCACAGAGCUGAGGGGCAGAGGAGAGGAAAAACAGAGGACGAGAGAGAGAGAGAGAGACAGAGCGGAAAAAAGAGACUGUGACAGGCCCCCAUGCAGGCGCGUAAGAAGUAUGUUCUGCUGGGCUUGUGUGCGUGCUGUUGGCUGGUCCUCUUUUACUGGGGUGGAGGAGUCCAGCUACGUUUGCUUCGGCUGCUGACACGCCAGCGGGGUGAAUUGGUUCGCCCCUGGCCCAACUGGACCGACAGGGCCUUCCUGCCCCGCUAUGCCCACCUGGAUGAGCUCCAGACGGACCCCGGGACGGCUGAGUCGCCCCGCCAGCGCCGUCAGGCAUGGUCUGCCAUUUAUAAGGACAGUCGCUGCCGCAUGGAGACCUGUUUUGACUUCUCGCGAUGUCGCCGUAGAGGCAGGGAAGGGUUUAGGGUCUAUAUAUAUCCUUCAGAGAAAAAUGAUCACGUUUCUGAAAGCUACAGGAAGAUCCUGACGUCCAUAGCGGAGUCCCGGUACUACACAUCAGACCCCCGUGAAGCAUGCCUGUUCGUGCUCGGGAUAGACACCUUAGAUCGGGACCAGCUAUCAGGACAGUUUGUGCCUAAUGUGGAUGAACGUAUCCGUGGUUACCCACUGUGGAAUGAUGGGCGGAACCACCUGAUCUUCAACCUGUACUCAGGCACCUGGCCUAACUACACAGAGGACCUGGGCUUCAACAUCGGCCAGGCCAUCUUAGCCAAAGCCAGCCUCAACACAGAACAUUUCAGGCCAAGCUUUGACGUCUCCAUCCCGCUGUUUUCAAAGGAUCACCCACAGAAGGGUGGAGAACGGGGCUGGCUGGUGAGGAACACCAUACCACCACGAAGGAAGUACCUGCUGAUGUUCAAGGGGAAACGUUAUCUGACUGGCAUCGGCUCAGACACCAGAAACGCUCUUCAUCACAUCCACAAUGGCAAGGAUAUUGUGUCGUUGACAACGUGCCGCCACGGGAAGGACUGGGAGAAGCACAAAGACGCCCGCUGUGACCAUGACAACCUGGAAUAUGAGAGGUUUGAUUACCAGGAGCUUCUACACAACUCCACCUUCUGUUUGGUGCCUCGAGGUCGACGCCUAGGCUCCUUCCGCUUCCUAGAGUCGCUACAGGCAGCGUGUAUCCCAGUGCUCCUAAGUAACGGUUGGGAGCUGCCUUUCUCUGAUGUCAUACAGUGGAACCAGGCAGUCAUUGAGGGAGAUGAGCGAUUACUACUACAGGUGCCAUCCACAGUGAGAGCAGUGGGGAAUGAGAGAGUGCUAGCCCUCAGACAGAGGACCCAGAUGCUGUGGGAAGCCUACUUUUCCUCUGUUGACAAGAUAGUCCUCACCACACUGGAGAUCAUUAAGGAUCGUGUGUUUUCUCACAUAUCGAGGAACAAGUACAUGUGGAACUCCCUGCCAGGAGGUCUGCUGGUCCUACCAGAGUACUCCACUCACCUCGCACAUUUCCCUUUCUACUACCUGGGAUUAGGGGUCAGUCCAGGUCAAGAGUUCACUGCUGUCAUCCAUGCUGUUUCCCCAUUGGUCUCCCAGUCUCAGCCAAUCAUGAAGCUGCUUCAGGUGGUCUCCAAGUCAAAAUACUGCUCGCAGAUCAUCAUUCUCUGGAACAGCGAGAAGCCGCCACCUAUUCGGAGCAAAUGGCCUCCCAUGCCCGUCCCCCUCACUGUGACAGACGGCAGGAGGAAGACCACCAGUCGGUUCCUACCUCAUGUUGCCAUAGAGACAGAAGCAGUGCUGAGUCUGGACGAGGAUACAGUCCUGCUGACCAGUGAGGUGAACUUUGCUUUCUUGGUGUGGCGGAGCUUCCCUGAACGGAUCGUGGGCUACCCUCCCAGGAGCCACUUCUGGGAUCCCCUGAAGCGCGCCUGGGGCUACACCUCCAAAUGGACCAACGACUACUCCAUCGUCCUGACUGGAGCUGCCUUCUAUCACAGGUACUACCACUACCUGUUCUCCUACUACCUGCCCCAGUCUCUGCGGACUCUGGUGGAUCGCACCUCCAACUGUGAGGACAUCCUGAUGAACUUCCUGGUCUCUGCUGUAACCCACCUGCCGCCAGUCAAAGUGGCUCAAAGGAAGCAGUACAAAGAGUUGCCCAGUCCACAGGGUACAAAAAGUGUCCCCUGGGCCAACCCAGAGCACUUUAACCAGCGGCAGGAGUGUGUCAACACCUUCGCCAACUGGUUUGGCUACAUGCCUCUGGUCCACUCUCAGUUUCGCCUGGACCCUGUACUCUUUAAAGAUCAAGUGUCUGUCCUCCGCAAGAAGUACAAAGACCUGGAAAGAGCAUGAAAAUGAUGGACAAAAUGGACAGAAAGGCUGGGAAGCAUCAAGGUCUGGUCUAGUGCCCUUUUUGACAGGCAAAUGGACCACUUAGUGGUGGACAGUCACGAUGGGAUACUCUGGACUGUCUGGGAUGUGGACAAAGGGCCAGUGUGGUCCAUUUGUGACAUGGACAAAGUAUAAUCAUGAGACAGACCCUGGUGGACUGUAUACAUAUAAAUAGAGAGGAAUGGGCCUAUACAAGUUUGAAAAGAGCUUCAACUGAUUCUCCCACCUCUGUGAGUCUGGUAAGAACACAAAGAAGGACAUUUAGGGGCCUUGAAAGAGUCCCUGUGAUUGGGCCUCCCACUGAGAAAGGGCAAUCUCUAUUGGACAGCAAAAAAGGAGCACUGAACACUUCAAAUGUCAGCGCUAUUGCUGUGACAAAAGACAGAAAAUGUCUCAAACUAAUGCCAGAAGGGACUGGUAUUGGUGCCAUGCACUCCAUCUACCAAAUGGUGUCUCAUCGUUACUUGCAGGGACUGUUGCCAUGGAAACAGAUCAAUUCACAUCAAAAUGCUAACUGUAAAACCAAUAAAAUGAUUUAUAAAUGCAAAUUCUGGUACGAUGCUGCACUUACA